AUGGCGACGCGAUCGCCGUCCGACUCCAUCUCUUUCCUUCCUGCGUUCGUCUUUCUUCUCGCGAACGCUCUUCUCGUCGCUCAAUCCACCACCGUCCACUACUAUGACUUCGUGCUGAGGGAGACGAAUAUCACGAGGAAUUGCACUUCGUGGAGUCUAUUAUUAGUGAACGAAAGCUUUCCCGGGCCGACGAUAGAGGUUCACAAAGGCGAUCUCGCGUUCGUGAACGUUCAUAAUCAAGGAGAUUAUGGAGUCACACUUCACUGGCAUGGCGUAAAGCAACCUCGCAACCCGUGGUCGGAUGGCCCGGAAUACAUUACUCAAUGUCCGAUUCCCCCGGGCACAAGUUUCAUGUAUGAGGUAAAUUUUACUAUGGAGGAAGGAACCCUUUUAUGGCAUGCCCAUAGCGAUUGGACAAGAGCCACGGUGCAUGGCGCAAUAGUCAUUUUACCAGAAGAAGGAACAACUUACCCUUUUCCUAAGCCAGAUGGUGAAGAAAUCAUUGUGCUUGGUUCUUGGUAUUCGCAAGGAGAUGAUCCGAAUGCCGACUUGGACGAGGCACUAGAUGAAGGAACUGAUGUACCUCGUUCGGUUGGUUAUAUGAUAAAUGGAGAAUUUGGAGAUUUUAUUAACUGCUCAAAAGAUUCGACAUAUCACAUGUAUGUCAAUUAUGGCAAGACCUACCACCUCCGGAUAAUCAAUGCAGCCGUCAGCGCUGAGCUCUUCUUUGCCAUAGCCGAUCACAACCUGACGGUCGUCGGAAUGGACGCGUCAUACACAAAACCAUUAGUGAGCUCGUACUUAGUGUUGAGCCCCGGGACAACUAUUGACGUACUAUUCACUGCCAAUAAGACCCCGGGAAGGUAUUACAUGGCGGCCCGCCGCUUCUCGAGCGAGGCCACGACCGUCACAAACUUCAACCACGCUGUCGCCACUGCCAUAAUCCAGUACAGUGGAAACUAUAGUCUGGACUCAUCGCCAAUGUUCCCAAACGGUUCUCUUCCGAGCUAUUUCGACUAUGAUGCGGCAGAUAGCUUUGAUUUCAUGCUCAAAAGUUUGGCAAGUGAAGAUCAUCCUUCGGAUGUGCCUCUCAACAUAACAAGGAGGAUGUUCAUAGUGGCUUCGAUCAGUGAGAUAUUGUGUCCGCAUCACAAGUGCGUCAUUGCUCCGACCACGAUCGGAUCUAGUCUCAAUAACCAAAGUUGGGAGAACCCAUCAACGGAUGUGCUCCAGGCAUAUUACAACAACAUCAGUGGAGUAUAUACGGCAGAUUUCCCGGAUUAUCCUCCGGUUUUCUAUAACUGGACGGGAGACGAUAUGCCGGAAGUAUCGGGAGUGUCGGACAAGGUGACCAAAGUGAAGAUGUUGGAGUACAACGAAUCCAUGGAGGUGGUCUUCCAAGGGAGCGACAUCUUGCGAGGCGCGGAGAGUCAUCCGAUGCAUAUGCACGGAUACAGUUUCUAUGUUGUGGGACACGGCCUCGGCAACUACGACAACGAGACGGAUCCCCUGAGCUACAACCUGGUCGACCCGCCCCUAGUCAAUACUUUUGCAGUUCCUAGGGAAGGAUGGAUCGCCAUCAGAUUCGUGGCAAACAAUCCAGGUGUAUGGUUUUGGCAUUGCCACAUAGAUCGACACAUGAGUUGGGGUAUGAACACAGUUUUCAUAGUAAAAGAUGGAGGCACCGAGGAAACCAGCAUGCGAGGACCUCCUUCGUACAUGCCUCCUUGUGAGGAUUCCUACAAUAUUGCCAGGAUGAAAUCUCGACGUCUCCCCCGUCAAAUCUCUAGCACAUGAGACCACAUGCAGCAAUUUCAGAGCUGAGAAGGAGAGGGUUGCGUGGCAAUUAUUUGUAGCCAUUUAAUGAGUAGCCUCGUCUGUCAAAAUGAUUUUCCCCCCUUAAGUUUUCUUGUGGCUCGUCGAUCUUAUAAUUUGUACCAAUUAUGAACAUUCAAUUUAAUAAAUUUAUUAAUCGAGACAUUA